GUUUCCUGAUGGGCGGGCUAACAGUUUUAUAAAGGAUGGGCUCGACAACAUCUGAAGAGGGAGAGUUGAGUCAGAACAGAGGAAAGAUGUUUUCUGUUCAAACCCUGAUCGUUGCUGCUCUCCUGGCAGAGCUGGGCCUUGUGGUGGAGUCUUCCUUUGGGGAGGGCGCCAGAUCCUACAGCUUCGAUCUCUCCAAUGCGUCAGACCUGAACCGACUUUACAACUCGCCGGUCCAUCGGGCUGUCAGGAUGAGGAGACCGCUGGGGAGCAUGAGCUUCCAGUUAGGACCCCUCAGCCACUCAGGAGUGAAGGUGACGUUGCGUGACGGGUCCACAUGGUUGGUCCAUAAGGGAGACGGUUUUGGCAUCAGUUCUCAGACCGUGGUGGUGGACGCCAGACACAUGAGCACUUCCUGGCAGAUUUUGGAAACAAAAGAUUUCAGGGGGACCAAGACGGUGGGUGAUUUUGUCAGGGCUGGCGGCUCCGACUACAGCCUGCUCUUCGAUAACUGUCACUUCGGGGCAGAUCGGAUGAUGGACCAGUGAUAUCCGGCGCCCUCUACUGCUACAUCUUUUAACUGCAUCCAAAACCUCUUAUUAGCUGGAAGGUUUAAGCGCUUCGUGCUUCUUAAAAGCUCGACAACAUAUAAUUUUCUAUUUCAUUUCAUUCAUUUUCAAAAUAAAUACAGAAAUCAUAUCAAA